CCCCUCGCCCGCACGAGCUGGGAAAUCGCUCUUCGCUCGCCUCAGUCUGGCUCGGCCGUCGCACAGAAACGACGCGUACGAGUUGCGCGCUACACUCGCCACUCGCGAGCCUCUGCUCGAAUAAAAACUUCAUCUGAUAUUCGAACGAAAAGAGCACGCGCGGCGAAAAUAGUGAGCUCGUGGCCGGGACUGUCGAUAAGAAGGUGGGAGAACGAGUGGUAGGUGCAGGCAGUAUGAUGCUGCCUGCGCUGGCGCUGCUGGUGCUGCUGACGCUGGCCCCAGCGGGGCCCGUAGCAGCGCGUCGUCAUGCACCUGACUUACGGGAGGACGAGCCUGCGCGUCGCACUACACGCCCUGCCGAAUGUCAGUUCGGGAAACAAGCGAAAGAACUCGGUUCGACGUGGUUCGCGGACCUCGGACAGCCUUUCGGUGUGAUGUACUGCAUCAAAUGUGAGUGUAUAUCGGUACAAAAGAAGCGUCGGGUUGUAGCAAAGGUGCAUUGUCGGAACAUAAAGAAUGAAUGUCCGGAACCUUCCUGCGACACACCCACACUCCUACCCGGUAGAUGCUGUAAGACCUGUCCAGGAGAUAUAAAUUCUCCUGAUGUCGUACAAGAGGAUAGUCCAACAGUUGUGAUCACGACUAAUGAAGACGAGGAACUGAGUACAAAACAUUUCGGCGCUUUGCUAACCGGUCGUUCGCCGCUGUGCAUACGGCGCGAUGACAUGACAGGAGUCCCGGUGGCUUCAGGCGUAGCAACCGCUCGCUUUACCUUCCGACGUCGCCACCUAUUCUGGUCGGUUCUACUCGGACCAUCUAUGGUUUUACAACCACGAGCCUUAGCUUUCCUAGACAGAGGUGGACGUAUGCUCCUUGAACAUCCUUUAAAACGGGCGCCGGGAAUUCAUAAGACUUACGAGGAAAAAACUGAUAAGUUGUGUGGCGUCUGGCGUCGAGUGCCUCGGGAAUAUAAGCGCUUAUUGAGAGAAGGCUCUUUGUAUGUCGCCUUGAUUUGGGGUGACGAGCGUAACAAUUCGAUGGAAAGUGCUCUCAGUGGUCGAAUAAAUAGAUAUCCAGCGCUUUCUACGGAAAUGUUUACGUCUCUGCUUGAACCAGAACAUAUACCUACGACGAUCGGUAACGGACCUUGCGAUGAUUACCGCUCUCCAGGGCAAGAAGAAGGUUGGUGGGGAGGAACAGCUGUUGUCACGGGAGCUGCUGGGGCUGCCCCCAGUUUGCACUUGGCUAUCAUAUACAAUGGUGUGUUCAUGCCUGCUACAAGAGAUCCAUCCGUAAGAGUUCUGCUGACGCUCCCGGAAAGAAAUCAAACGAUUAUUGACGAGAUACAAAAAGUUAACAAACCGGGUUACGAAUUAAACAUAUUGGAAGUUUCUACGCCUGUGUCCGCUGCAGAACUGCGAUCACUGUCAAGAGGACGUUUGCUACUAUCCGUGGAAGCUCUACGCACAUCAGAACGACGCAUAUCUGGUAGCGUCAGGCAAAGAGCAGCUUGUGAAGUGUUCCAUGCACCAUUGAUAGCUGAAAGACCACCUGCAGCUGUUACCCCCGAGGGUCUGGCAUUGUUAUAUAUUGACAAGGAUGGAUCACUUGUGUAUGAUAUACAGAUAGAGAAUUUGAGUAUAGCAGAUCCGAAGAUUACUCUAGUAGAAGAACAAAGCAAACGUCAUUCGCAAGUGGAGAUAUUAGAUACUAGAAUUGGAGUUCUAGCCAGACCAAGCGCUCGCAUUUUCCCUCCAUUGUACGAAGAUCAACUUGCUGUUCAUAUUGGUUCAGAUACAGGUCCGCCAAUGUUACGAGGCAGAUUACUGACUCGACCUUUACCAGACGCGGCUAGCUCUGGACCAGCUCUGUUAAGACGCACAGAUGUUCGCAUGUCUCCCUCGAUCAACCCGGUCGCUGGUCUCGCGUGGCUGUCUGUUGAUGCUUUAUGUGGAAUGAAUUAUGAGGUUGUAAUAAAUGGUUACUCCGGUUCCUGGUCCGCGUGGCUCGACAGCCAUGCAGCUGGGAGCCCUAGGGCUUUGGCAGGAGCUGAAGGUUCUGUUCUAGAACCAUCAGCGAUGGAGCUAGCGGCUUUGAACGCUGGCAACGCGUAUCUUAAUGUUCGAGCUUCUGAUAAUGACACUGAAUUCCUGCGUACGCGUUUACCACAGAUAAGCGUGCCACUCUCGUGUCUCCCAGCCGUGCCCGAUUCUGACAACGAAUUGAGCGCAAACUAUGCGCCGACGCACGUCAAUUCGCCCCCACCUGACAACUCACUUUCUAACACAGCCUCGUGUUAUUAUGCCGGGAAAACGUAUGAGGACGGUGCGCAAUGGAUGUUGACCGAGUCUUGCCAUAUGUGUGGUUGCGUGCACGGCGUGCUGCGUUGCGACCCCGUACGCUGUCCGCCUGUAAAUUGCGCCGUGCCCACGAUACAGCCCCCAGGACAAUGCUGCCCUAUUUGCACUAAUUCAACUAGUGCUGUUUGGAACGAAUCACAUGGUUGUCACCUUGCCGGACAAUAUCAUGCACCUGGUUCUUCUUGGCAUCCAUAUUUAGUACCAGGAGGCUAUGAUACGUGUGCGAUAUGUACAUGCGAGUUUCCGACGCGACAAGUGAGAUGUCCACGUGUUAGGUGCCCGCCAUUAAGAUGCGCAGAAAAAGAUGCAUAUAGACCAGAUAAAAAGGCGUGUUGCAGAGUUUGUCCAGAGGUCAAAGCAAAGAAAAUAGAGGAAGAAACGCCUAAAGAUCAGGGUGCGCCGCGAACCGCAGAGGAAAUUCUUGCGGAAGGCGGUUGCAAGUUUCCGGACGGGCCCCUGCCUAAUGGCAAAGAAGUUCAUCCAUCAAUACAUUCACACGGCGAACAGAGAUGUGUCACGUGCCGGUGCAAGGACGGCGAAGUGACGUGCAUCCGCAAGCGAUGCGGGCGGGCGGCGUGCGCGCGCCGACGCCGUGGCGACGCGUGCUGCGCGUGCGCACGCCACCGCCGCCAGCGCGCGCCGCCUCCGCCCAGCUGA